AUGCAUGUCUACGUUGGGAAACUCAACUGGUACGAAUACGCAAAAGAUGAAUGCAUAACAAUUGUCUUCCCCGCUGGCUUCGCUCUCAAGGACCCUAUUUGCGCAUAUUGGCAAUGGUCGAUCAGCGCUGCUGGAGUUUCGAAGGAAAACCACAUUCAGAAUGGCUCCAUCACUGGCGUGACCAGCACAACUAACGAGUAUGGCGUGCGGUCCGAAUCCGGUUACUAUUCUUUCCAAGGAUACGUUUCAGCCGAUUUUAAAUCUUUAACUCUGACUAUGACAGACCCGAACGGCAAACAUGCCUCGGUCAAGUUAUCGUUACGCUAUGGUGAUACUAUGAGAAUCCCAUCUACCUCAGUCUUCACUGGGAAACUCGAUUGGCUUACAUACAGCAUAAAUGAGAUGGCAACACUGAUAAUCCCUAGAGACAUCGCCAAUGACCAGUCUGUAAUUCUCAGCCGCCAAUGGACUGUGGAUCAUAAUGGUACUCACAAGGGGAAUGAUGUCCUUAGUACCGUCAUGAGGGCUGUGAAAGUGGAUGACGACGGCAAUAUAACGGCAGAAUUUGGUGAUGGCUACUACACAUAUAAUUUCACAAUCCUCAAAUCCAAUGGCAGCAUGUUACUAGAAAUGACCAACGUGGAGGGAGUUGUCGACCCUAAAGCCCCGUACAGCUUGGCGCAGACAGAUUUCAGAGACCUCGGCGUGAAGAAGAUAAGAACCGACGAUGGGAUCUUUAAGGUGCAGGAUAUGCUUAUAAACUAUCUCGGAUUCUCUAGCAACGACGUGGAGAUCUUAUACUUCGAUAUCGACCCGCCCAGUGGGCCAAAGAAGUGCACUCUUGGACAAGAUCCGCCGACUAUAGCCAACUUCAAGUCGAAAUUCACGGAGCUAUGUACAAGCGCCGUAGCCGGCGAUGUGAGUUUCUUAUAUGUCGAUGCACGUAACACUACAUACCCCGAUGAAGAUGGGUCCAGUACGCGAGAUGAUGAUGAAGGUUGGUUUCUAGCUGCAAAUGACGACGGAACUUCUAAAGGAAUCCUGACCGACGUCUGGUUGGCCGGUACUAUUAGCAAGAAUCUUAAGAAGGGCGUCAACCUCACCAUCACAACCUCCUCAUCCAUAGGCAGCACUCAGCUGGAUACGCUCCAGGCGGUACCAGGGAUCCUCCUCACGGGUUGCCACGAAACUCAAUUCAACAUCAAGGCACUCAACGGUAAAGAUCCAUGGAUAGUCGCCGUAACCUCGGUUAUAAAGGAUAACGUCCGUCGUCGACGUGGUGUGCCAACGUACUUGACACUCUUCAACGAGGCCAAGAACUUCAUCCGCGCCCAACUUGCCAAUAAGCAGCUUGCUGAGAACUAUGAAGGCCCAAGUCCUUCAGAAUGGGACCCAGUUCCGGGACGCCAAGCGGAUAAUACGAGCAACCAAGAUCCGCAGUUGACGUUCUAUCAGGACUUUUUUGACCUGAGUGAGGAGAGGUUUCUGCUCCCAUUUCAAGCGCCAGGCAACGAGGAAGCUGAGGGGCAGGCGGUUAGGUUUCCAAGAGAUGAAUACCCACGCGAAGAGCUAUAA